AUGGGAGACCGAAAGGAGCGCGAACGAGAGCUCUUCGGAAGCCCGAUAUCUAGCUCGAGCGAAGACGAGAGGGACGAGGGCACGGCGUGGAAGAGGCGGCCGAAGGAGCCCACACCGCCACCACCACCACCUAGGGAGCGGAGGGUGCCUCGUCGGGGGACCUCCAUCCAGCGGUCCGACGCCGACCAACGGAGGAAAGCGGGUUUCCUCGCUCAGCUUCCCCCACCACCACCCAGGGGACGCCGGACUCGGAGGAGGCCCCCCGAGGGGUACGCCGGCAAGGCUCCCCCCGCGCCCCCUUCCACGCGCCCCGCCCCAUUGCCGUCCGCACCGCUACGCGCGCCGCCGCCAAGGCCCGUCGCAGCCAUCGCGCCGCAGCAUACGCGACCGACCGCGCCGCCACCAGCGCCACCGAUCGCACCGCCGCCGGUUGCGCCACCGGCACCCGCGCCGAAACCGGCGCUACCGACCGCGCCACCCAUUGCGGCGCCUCCGGCGCUACCGACCGCGCCGCCGAUCGCGUCGCCUCCGACGCCACCCACCACGCCUCCACCAGCGCCGGCCCACCACGGCUACCGCACGGUCCGGCCCACGCCGCCCUUCCCGAACGGAACCAGCCCGGCACCGCCGGUGGGGUACACCCCCCCGGUGCGCGUGGUCUUACCGAACGGGAGGGUAGUGGCGGUGCCGUUCCACGCCGCCGUGGUGCGCCGAAAGUAUCGGGUGACUGACACCGGCGAUCGAUGGAUAAUCCGUUUCGAUCGCCGGGGUCAGCCCCGCGCAAUCCGGCCGUUGCCACCCGCGCCCUCCCCCCCCUAA